AUGGCCGCGUUCCACCUUUUUCCCCACCUCCCCUUCGAGCUUCGUGCUCAAAUCUGGGAGUUAACAGUUGAGCCGCGCACUGUUGAAGUCCGCGUUAAGAAAGAAAACGGAUCUUGGGGCAAGAUUCUGCAUGUAACCUCGUCAACACCAGUGCCUGCAGGGGUUGAGUUGCGGUAUGUCUGGGUGAACUUUGAGAUUGACAUGAUCUCAAUCGGACGAACUGAUUUUGAUACAAUUGAACCUACUGAAAGUCUGCUGAUUCGCCGGCUUACCUUUGAGCGUGAGAUUAAUGAAUCCUUUUUCCACUUUCAGUCCUACGAGCUAAGAAAAUUGUAUCCUAAUGUGGAGGAAAUCCAUGUCAUCUGCGAAGAUGGCUUAAUGGCAUGGCAGGACGCCUGGGAAUAUGCUCCCUGGCCAUGUCCAAAAAAAAAAUCUGAGGUUCAUUGACAAGGAGACGGGGCAGAUUGCGGUUGGCGAGGAUCUGGAUACGAUGGUGGAUGAAUGGAUCGCGUCUCUGCCUGAUGGUCCUGAAUGAUUAUUUAACCGCCUGUCUUAUAGUUCGUAGAACUUGCUAUAUUCUAUGGCUCAAUAUUUGACAGAUCUGUCAGGAAGAUACUGAAUCUCAGAGCUCGCUCACCCCCGUUUUUCC